AUGAUUGCGCAAUCCAUCAGGGCCUCGCGCCAGGCGCUCGUACGCGCCGCCCGCCAGCAGCCAUGCUACGUCGCCCGCCGCACCUUCAUCACCCCCUCGGCCGUUCGCUCAGCCGACCUGGUGCAGGACCUCUACCUCCGCGAGCUCAGGAACUACAAGGUCCCGCAAGUCAAGCCCACAGACGCAGAGGGCCACGUCCAGACCUUUACCAUGCCCAAGGCCCCCGCUUCCCCCGAAGAGACGGACAUUGCCAACGAGUUGAAGGCGUAUGAGACGCAGGCGGUGGAGGUUGAAGGUGCAUCUUCGAGCGAGGACGGCGCUGUGCUGCCGUCGGAGGACUGGUUCGAGGAGGAGGACGAGAGCAUCACCACGCCCGGUGCCACGCACUAG